AUGAGGCUGCGUCUGCAACCCAGCAGGAGACCACAAGCACUCAGCAAGCUACUGACCCAGUGGCUGGAAGACCGGCACAUUACUUCUCAUCCGCACAUAUUCUCCGUCCUUCUCCAUUGCUCCUCACUCUCGCUGCUUUCUACUCUACCCUCUUACACCAAAGUCAAAAAUCCUACGGAGCAUCGCAUCGUCACCUCCAAGAUGAAGCUUCGUCUGCAACCCCGCAGGAAGCAACAAGGUAAGUGACCCCAUGUAAGUCCAAUGUCGCUUUGUUGUCGCUGCACUUUGCUUGUUCUAGCUUCUUUACCUUCGUCUGUUUGUUUGUGUUUGUCCUUUUUGUAUGCUAAACAGCGUUCUGUUGAACUUGUCUACUCACCGUUUACAUUCUCAACAACCAGUUAACUUAGAGAGCGACGGGGAACUCUGAUACCCAUCAUUCUAUCCCUUCGCUCAUCCGCGGUAUUUGCCCCACUUAACAAUCUUACGGCGGUAGCAAAAGUAACCACAUAGGCGGCCCACGUUAGUUCGGGCCGUUCUUUCACUAACCAAAGUUUUGGCCCAUAGUGGAGUCCGGUAGCCGUUUGUGAUGUCUAAGCAGCCCUAUUUAUGGACAGCGUUGCCUACCCAAGCGAGGGUAACUGAGCUAGAAAAGGUGCCGUAAACAAAUGCCGGCAUCAAGUCCUUUGCGCGUUGACCGUGGUGCGCAGACGCAAAACACACGGUUGAAACAAAACAAGAAACGGUACUCUCUCCCUUCCCUCACCUUCCCCCGUUGCCCUACCUCCCAGGUUGGUAGGGUGCGUCCGCUCACUCUGGUAGCCGGGGGUGUUCGUUUCCUUUUAGAUAAUCUGACGACCAAUCAACCGGAACGGAGGACGGUGCUAGUGGCUCGGGAACUGGCGCGCUACAAGGUGGACAUCACUGCAUUCAGUGAGACCCGCUUCUCCGAGCAAGGUCAACUGGAGGAGGUUGGUGCCUGCUACACCUUCUUCUGGAGCGGUCGCCCGAAGGCAGAGUGACUGGACGCAGGAGUCGUCUUUGUUCUCCAGAGCUACAUCGUGGGAUGACUGCCCUGUGUGCCGCAGGGCAUCAUCGAACACCUGAUGAGCCUCCAUCUGCAUCUCGGGGGAGACAAAUUCGUCACCAUCAUCAGCGUCUACGCUCUCCUGAUGACCAACCCUGACGCUGCAAAGGACAAGUUCUACGAGGACCUGCGCGCCCUCCUAGCGAUUGCGCCGAAGGCGGAUAAGUUGAUUGUCCUUGGUGAUUUCAACGCCCGCGUCGGCACAGACCAUGCUGCCUGA